UUUGUAGGAAUGGAGGGGAAAAAACUGAUUUCUGCAACAGACACACAGUAUUCUAGUGUGCUCCUUCAGUCUUUGAAUGAACAACGUGGCCAUGGACUUUUUUGUGAUGUUACUGUCAUCGUGGAGGACCGGAAAUUUCGAGCUCACAGAAACAUCCUUUCGGCUUCAAGCACGUAUUUUCACCAGCUUUUCUCAGUCGCUGGGCAAGUGGUUGAACUGAGCUUUGUAAGAGCAGAAAUUUUUGCAGAAAUUCUUAAUUAUAUUUAUAGUUCCAAAAUAAUCAGCAUUCGAUCCGAUUUACUUGAUGAACUGAUUAAAUCUGGGCAACAGCUGGGUGUUAAAUUCAUAGCUGAUCUGGGCGUACCUCUGUCUGAAGGAAAAAACAUGCCAAGCGAGGUCAAAGAUGGUGCUUCAGAAACUUCAACUUCUAGUCCAGGUCAAAAGGAUGCUGAAACACAAGUACCUGUAAUAAGGCCAGAGAGUCAAGAGGUAACGGAUGGGAUGCCAGUUAUAACACAAUCAUUCUCCUUACAUGGCAUAGAAUAUGAGACUACAAAAAUUACAGUGAGUGAUUCAGAUGAUGAGGAUGAUGAUGUAAUUUUUUGCUCUGAGAUUGUUCCUCCAAAAGAAUGUACUAAAGAUACAAAUGCUGCAACCCAUAACCAGCCUUGCCCAAGUCCAGCUGGAGUUUCUGACCAAAAAUCAUGUGGCAGUGGUGGCUCUCCCCAUUUGACGAGCACCACAGCAGCUCAAAAACUCACUUCAUCUGCCGGUCAGCUAAGCCCAAACCAAACACAAUCAAGUGCCGAAUCACUUGGCUCUGCAACACCGCAGCAUUUGACUCCUAAUAUCAUUGUGCUAAAUAAGCCUCUACUUAACUCAUCACUCAGUGCUGGCUCCUCGCAUCAAACACAUGUGACCCCUACAAUUAAUUUACUUGAGGAGAACCAGCAGCCAUCUAAUAAUGGCUCCUUAACUGAAGUGGAAACAACUGCUGUUGAUGAUGAAGAGGUUGUUGAAGAUGAUGUCGAUAUCAUUAGCUCCUCUAGUCCUGGUUCAGUCAGCAGUAGCUCUUUGGUUCAGCAACCUUCUAUACCCAAGGCAGCAACCUCUGAAGGAUCAGGUGUACAGAAAAAACAGGUUGUUACAUUUUCACAAGAACCAUUUUCUAAACCUGGAGAAUUUAAAAUAAAAAUCUCGGAUGUCCUUGCUGGAAACAACAAGGAAUUCAGUUCAGGUAUAGCAUCAAAGCAUGUGGCAGAAGGACAGAAAAUCAUAACAUUAGAUACAGCAACUGAAAUAGAAGGCCUGUCCACAGGCUGUAAGGUUUAUGCAAAUAUCGGUGAGGAUACAUACGAUAUAGUCAUUCCUGUAAAGGGUGAUUCCGAGGAAGGCAAAGCCAAGCUUGAUGAAACGCCUAAAACAUCUGGUGGUGAUUCGCCAAACAGGAAACGUAUGAAAGUAAAGCAUGAUGACCAUUACGAGCUCAUAGUGGAUGGAAGAGUCUACUACAUUUGUAUUGUGUGUAAGAGAUCAUACGCAUGUCUGACGAGUUUACGGAGACAUUUUAACGUUCAUUCCUGGGAGAAGAAGUAUCCGUGUCGAUAUUGUGACAAAGUUUUUCCUCUUGCAGAAUACCGUACGAAGCAUGAAAUUCACCACACCGGUGAGCGAAGGUACCAGUGCUUGACGUGUGGCAAAUCUUUCAUCAACUACCAAAUUACGGCCUCCCACAUAAGAUCAGUUCAUAGCCAAGACCCUUCUGGAGAUACCAAGCUUUAUCGAUUGCAUCCUUGCAGGUCUUUGCAGAUCAGACAGUAUGCAUACAUUACUGAUCACUCAAGCAAUAUACCAGUAAUAAAUGAGGGUGGAAUUGUUUAUCGUGUUGGCACAGGGAAGGAUGGCACUGAAGGAACAACAUCUAACCCUCCAGCCAAACAAAUUACCUGGGAUGACAUUUUCAUUCCACAGGGAAAUGAAGCAAUUUUUAAACAAAAUCCAUCAGAGGGAAGUACUGAAUUUGAGUUUGUAAUACCGGAAUCUUACUGAAACGCAUUAAAUGCUGGAAAAAGGAUUCAGUGCAGAAAUAUUGCACCUGUUUUAAAUGAACUGUUAAAAUCGCUGUAAAAUCAAAUGUUAAAGUGAAAACAAGUUAACUUGUUCUACCAAGUCAUCAAAUGGUAGCACUUAGAUGAAUCAUUAGUAGCUCCAAGUGAUUUGUGGAAGCGAUUCAUCUGAAAGUUUACUUGAAUAGAGAAUGAGAUAUUUCCAAGGAGCUGGCAGUGUUUUCUGGUAUGUUAAUUUUGAUCAAAAUGUGGGGAUUUGUAGCU